CAGGAUUCAAACCGGUGGCGGAGGCGGAAGCGGCGGCCCAGGCUCGGCGCUGCGAUGCCGCCGUCCCGCAGGAAGCGGCCGGCGGGGUCCCCCCGGCGGGUGCUGGCCGCGAGGAGCCCCCGCGUGGCCCCCGUGGGCGCCUGGGUGGAGAGCGGCCCCCCGGGGCCGCAGCACGGCCUGGCCUUCGCUUCAGCAUUUCAAGUUGAGGAGGAGCUGAAGGAGCAGCAAAGGAAGAAGGCAGCAAGCCUGAGACGCUUCCAGGGAGAAGUAAAGCAGCGAGUGAACCAGCAAGUCAGGAUGAGGAGAAAGCAACAGCUGCAGAAGUCCUGCGAAGCGGCAGAGAAGGAGACCUGCCUUGCCAUGCAGUACUCGGACUCAGUGCUGCACCUGACUCCCAAGAAGAACACGUGUGUGUUUCGGAGCCACCCCGCACCCGCCAUCUGCAGCCCCAGUGCCCGCACCAUCCUGGCACAGUGGCAGGAGCAGGGGUUGCCCAGCGAACCCUUCCAGCAGCAGGCCACCAAGCUCAGCAAAACCAUGAGGCAAGUUCGUCGCAGGCUGGCAUCCUGCCGGACUGUGCCUGAAGGAACGGGGCCUCCUGAGCUCCCCGGUGGCAUCUGGAGCCUCAACAGGAGUCAUGAGGAACCAGUGCCUCAUGCCACAGUGCCCACAGAAGAUGAGAGUGAGGAACGUCUAGCAGGACAUCAUGAUCUUCCAGCUGAACUACAAGACCAGGCAACAGCCCUGCAUCAGGCUGAACAAGAAGAUGGUUUCUAUAUCAAAGUGGAAUUUGAAAAAUUCUGUGAUGGAUCAGUGAAGGACUUGAGCCUGCCCAAGUCUCCCCAGAGACUGAACCCCACUUGUCGAGCUCCCCUUGUACUCUGGGCUGGCAUAGACCAAGAGGAAACCAAGAAGCAGCGUCAGAAUGAGUACCUGAGGUGCAAGCGUCUCUUCAUGAAUGUUGAGCGAGAGCAAGUGAAGGAGCAGCGGAGGCAGAAAGAGCAGCAGAAGAGGAUUGCUAAGAUUAAGAGCAAGAAGGAGAACCAGCGCCAAGUGGAAGAGCAAAAGAUGCAGAAGAUGGCUGAGCAGCAAGAACCCUGCUUGGGGGAAAGUGUCUGUGAAAUCCUGGCCCACCUUGAACUGGAGGAGAGUAGGCUGAAGAUUAAGGAAAAGCAGCAGCGAAAUAAGGAGUACGUGAGGUAUGUAGAAGCUCUAAGAGCUGAGGUGAAGGAGAAGAUGAAGCUGUACAACAUCGAAUUGCCUCCCUUGUGCUCCUGCAGCUCUGAUUUCUGGGAGUCCCACCCAGAUACCUGUGCCAACAACUGUGUCUUCUACAAAAACCACAAAGCCUACAGCCAUGCUCUGCAGUCUGUCGUCCUGUCCUGUGACCCCACAGAUGGGAGGAUGAAACUGCCCAUCCGUGACCUCGCUGCUCUCUGCACACACCCUGUGAAGCACCAGUGAAGAGGGUGGCUGUGUGCCCCUGUGGCUCAGGGACUGGCGUAAGUAGGCGUCGUGUCCCAGCACGAGAGCCGUGCCGUGCCAGAGCACUUGCUGCUCCUUGUGCUCAGGUUUAAGUCACGCAUCUUUGGUUUUGCUCCCUUGGUGCGGUUGGCCAGACCAGGAGCACAGUGCUGGUGGCAAGUGUGAAGGGGCUGAUUGUUCUUCUGGGCUUGUUUAGAGGCAAGCGUUUGAAUUUUGGUGUUCAGCUGCACAAUAAACUUUGCAGCAUGUGUGA